CUCACUGUAUUUCCACAUCCACACUCAGUCCCUUGUUCGCAUAGCACCAGUCCGGUGUCCAUAGAUAUAUCAUCUUCCGAUCCUCCUUCAGCCACUGCAACUUCUAAUUAUUCAAAACAGCAUGCCUCAGAAGACUCAAUUAUUAGUCGCAAAAGCUCAUCGCGUAGUCAUCUACUUAGGUCCCGCUCAAAAUCUAACCUAGCUACCCAUACUUCUGAAUUAUUGGACAGUGCAACCCCACAUGAAGAGAAUCAGUUGGAGGAAGAGGAUGUUGAUACAAGUGUGCCUAACUUUGAGCUGGAUGUAGAGAAUCAUUUCCAGAAAAAUGAACAAACUACUGACGAUAAGUUUGAAGUCAACCAAGAUUAUUCUUCACGUUUCUGGAAGAGUGCAAUUACUGGUCAAGAAACUACACCUUCGUACAAUUCAGACGAAGACGAAGACUACUGUCCAAGUGAAGAUAGUGGUCGUGAUUGGAAAGGUGAGAUAAAAAUUGGUGAAGAUUAUCAGGCAAAUAUCCCUAUGCUUGCCCUAGCAUCAAGUGUAAUAGAGAAUCAAUGUGAUGAAAGUCGAUCAUCGUAUUAUGGUUCUGAACGGAUUUUUCAAGAAUCUAGUCUUGUAUGGAAACCUUCGGAAAAGCUCUGUGAAGCUGAUGUCACACGCUUUGAGCGAUCAUAUGCCCAAGUUGUUCUGUCAACACUGCCUAUUGAACGAACAAUAGACGACGAAGAGGCUUUAUUCUUGUUAAUGCGUUGUGAUUAUGAUACGGAUGAAGCGCUGCAACGAUUACAAUUUAAAGCAGUAUCACCAAUGGCUGUUCCCGGUUAUCUAGAUUCAUGGUCGGAGUCUGAUUGUGCAGCAUUUGAGAAAAGUUUCGCUUUAUGUGGAAAAGAUUUUCGUCAAAUACGAGAAACACGACUUCGUCAUAAAACUGUGUCGGAACUGAUUCAUUUUUAUUACCUUUGGAAGAAGACAGCACGUCAUGAUGAGUUUGCACGAAUAUAUCGUAGGGAUAAAAAGAAAUCUUCACAUCCUAACAUUGCUGAUUUUAUGGAUUGUUUGGCUAUGGAACAAGAAAUUAUAGCGGAAUCCUAUAUGCAAAAUGCCAGUGAUAUAGUUCUGUCAACUGCAACAUCGAAUGCAGAUAUUCAAUCCUAUCCUCAUAAAUCCAUUCAGCAUACUUCAAUCAAUAAUAUCGGUUCCAUAAAAGCUGGUGGUUGUCAGAUAGGCUCAUCAAUCAGUUGUAACAAUGGUCAAAAUACUGGAGUAGUGUCAGCGAAUUGUAGUGAAACCUGUACUUCAAGAAGUCCUGUUAAUCGAUUUACAGCUUUGUCAGACGACAUAAUAAACAGUGAAGUCACUACCAGUAUACGCUUAGAUGCUCCUGGGAAUCAAUGCAAAUCGAAAACAAGUGGUAACUCAUUGAAUAUAUCAGUAAAUACAACCAAUAAUAAUAAUAAUAAUAAUUACAAUGGAGCUUUUUGUAUAAAGCAAUCAGAGCAUAGUUCAUCAUCCACACGUUCUACACGUACAGCAUUGUCAUCAACUGUAACUGUUUAGAGUUAACGGCGUUGGAAAAUAUAUUCGAUACUUUUUGGGCAACAUUUUACUGUUUCUUGUUCUACAUGUAACACUCCAAUUUUUGUAUGCACUGCUUCAUUAAAGAUUCCGAUCUCUUGAUAACUUAAGGUUUUUUCUACUGAUUUUUAAGUGGUUGUACUUCAGUUUGCUGUAAAACUUUCUUGUUGUCUUUUGGUAGUUUGCUUAUAUGUUAGUAGAUCUAUGUAAGUCUGAAUAAUGUGUAUUAUAUCAAAAACUACUGCUACUUUAAAAACAAUGUGAGUUCAAAAAUAGUAUUUCUCAUCAUUCAUGUUCUAGGUAUAUAUUGUUGCUCUUCAUUAUUGUCGUAUUAUCUUUUGCUUCCCUUAAUCAACCUGUACUCAUGUUUAGAGUAUAUUUUCCUAAUUUACUUUCAUUAUAUUUGUAUUUUUAUCCUGUGCACGACGGAUAUUUUCUCACUAAAUGUUCCUGUCUUCUACUGUACUGAUAAAACUAAGAUGGAAAUGCUGUUAAUAACAUGUAUAAAAUAUAAAUUGUGUUACAAUA